ACAUGGCUUCCCAACAAAUACCUCUGAAUGUAUAAAGGCAAAAUUACUAAACCGCUGUCGCAUUGUAAUGUGAAAACGAUUUCUAGUCAGAGUCAAAAAUCCUGGCCGUUUUGCUUUGAUUUAAUGCUUCAUUUUGUGGCUUAGCUGUUCAUCCAUAUGACCACUCUAAAUGAAGCCAUUUUUUCACCUCAGUUAUCGGAGUACAUCCCCUUUCCCAAAUGUCAGAAGAUCGCAUUGGUUAAAGGUUGGCAACUUAAAUUAAUCGUAUCACCUUUACAGCUGAUAAUUGAUCGACCAAGUUUACAAGCCCACAGACAAUGCAAACGAACGAAAACACAUGGAAAAACAAUCGCAAACGAUUUACAUAAAGGAGUGGAUAAGAAAACAUAUGUGGUCGAUAUACUUUUGAGCCUACUGAAUGGUUAUAGCGUGAUUAUUCUUCUAAAAGUUGCAACAAUCGAACGCUUUUUCCCUUUCAACGUGAUGACCUUGGGUGUUUUCACAUUAUUUCACUCGAUAAUUGUGGCUCAGAUAACAUCUGAAAUUGCUGCUUUUACUGAAGGCCUGUCAUUCUUCUUUGUAUUGCUUACAUCAACCAUUUUAUUCGUAUUUGCAACAAGAUAUUCUCAUGAUAUUACGAAUAGCUUCAGUCAAUACUUCUGUUUAUUUACAAUGCCAUUAGCAUUUAUUCCAAUAUUUAUUGUGAUAUUUGCAGUUGAAGGAUUUGAAAGUAUACUGACUAAAGUGUUCAUGGGAUUCACUACAAUUUACUUCCUUCUAUUUACAAGCAUUACAGCUCAAAUCCUUCAAGGUUCUCGUUUUGUUGAAGUGGAUACACAGGAUUAUGUUCUAGGAUCAAUGCAGUUAUUCACUGAAAUUCUGUGUGCAUCACUAGCUAUGUCAACGUUAUUAGAUGGCAGUUCUUCUGAAGAGUAUUAUUGGUUUACAACAAUAUUUUUAACUUUCAAUAUUCAUUUACUUUAUUUUUUCAUUCUGGUUAAUGCUGUUGAAUUGAAAGCAAACUGA